CGAUCCGACCCUGUCUGCAUUUGACAGAACGCGAAACAGAUUUUGUGCGGUGCUGCUGCCGGUGCGUCGUGUUUAUUUACAUCAAGCUUUUUCAAUCCGUGAAAACCCGUAAAUUAAUCCGGCCCAGGAACACUCAGAAUGCUGAACGAUACGGAUUUCGUGGACCCCAAAAAUGUGGUCAAAUGCCGUGAGCUGCUGUACCGAAUGAUGAUCAGUCAACUUUUCUACGACGGUCAUCACCAGGUGGCGGUCGAGCUGACCGGGCUGGUCCGUGCCGAUCCGCCCUGCCCACCGAGCGAUCGGCUGCUGAACAUCUUCCGUCAGGCGUGCCAAAUUGACUCGAACAAACCGACGAACGUUUUUGACGAGGUCACCUCUGGCCUGGACCUGGAGUUUGAGAUCGAAAGCAGCGCUCUGGCACCGGAGCCGGCUUCCUACGAGACGGCUUAUGUGACGUCGCACAAGGCCGCCUGUCGGGCGGGAUGCUUCAGCUACGAUGGGCAGCUGGUGGCCACCGGCAGUGUCGAUGCCAGUAUUAAGAUCUUGGAUGUGGACAGGAUGCUGGCCAAGUCAGCGCCGGACGAGAUGGAACCGGGUCGGGAACAGCAGGGCCACCCGGUUAUCAGGACUUUGUAUGACCAUACGGACGAGGUGUCCUAUCUGGAGUUCCAUCCGAAGGAUCAGAUCUUGGCUUCCGCUUCUCGGGAUCACACCGUAAAGCUGUUCGACAUCUCAAAGGCAUCGGUGAAAAAAGCUUAUCGGGUGUUGGGGGAUUGCGUUCCGGUUCGUUGCUUGGCAUUCCAUCCCACCGGAGAUUACAUGGCCGUAGGAACCGAUCACCACGUUUUGCGAGUGUACGACGUCCAAACCGGUCAAUGCUUCGUCAGCGCGAUUCCUUCCCAACAGCACACGGAAUCGAUUACCUGCGUUCGAUACGCUCCGAAUGCCAAGGUCUACGCCACCGGGAGCAUGGACGGCUCGAUCAAGCUAUGGGACGGUGUCAGUGGCCGCUGCAUCAACACCUUCGCCCAAGCCCACGACGGAUCCGAAAUCUGCUCAGUCGUGUUCACCCGGAACGGUAAGUACCUUCUCUCCUCCGGGGAAGAUUCCCUGGUCAAACUGUGGGAGCUGAGCACUAGCCGGUGUCUCAUCGCGUACACCGGAGCCGGAACGACCGGCAAACAGGAACAUCAGACCCAGGCCGUCUUCAAUCACACCGAGGACUACGUCCUCUUCCCGGACGAAGUGACCACGUCGCUUUGUUCGUGGAACUCCCGGAACGCAUCCCGAUGCCAUCUGAUGUCCCUGGGACACAACGGAGCCGUGCGUUUUAUUGUCCACUCGCCCACGCACCCGGCGUUCCUGACGUGCUCUGACGAUUACCGUGCGCGCUUCUGGGUAAGACGGUCCAAUUCGCACUAGAUUGAUGGGAGACGAGGAAGGCGGUGUCACAUUUCAUGAUUUUGAUGUAGCAUUUAACAACCAUUUGAAAUAAAGCCCUAGAUUGUAAUGUUGACUAAAA